AUGACCGGUACCACGGCCGACCUACACAACCCUCUGCGCCACGCCUGUGACCGAUGCCACCUGCAGAAGCUGCGCUGCCCUCGCUCCGACGCCUCGGACAAGUCCAGGGCCAACGAGGCCUGCUCGCGGUGCCGCAAGGCCGGCGUGCCGUGCGUCGUCAGCGUGCGCGGCAAGGUCGGCCGGCCCUGCAAGGUCGUCAAGAAGAAGCCGCCGCACGGGGCCCUGUCGACCCCGCCCCCCACGGCCGACGUCCGGUUUACUCCCGGUGAAGACGCGGACGCUGCCGGCGGCCCCGGCGUUGGAACGGGCGCCUGCGAGAUGGAGCAGCCGUGGGAGUCGUCCCCGGGGGACUCCCUCGCCACCACGCUGGUCAUGGAGCCUGGCUCCCUAGACAACACGGGGGGGCUCAAGGGCAUGGUUGGCAUCGACACGGGGCUGGUCUCGAGCGCCUCCUAUGAUCCGCACUCGAGCGGCUUCGGGCAUUCGGCGGUCAGCCCACCGAUAUCGGGAACGACGUCCUACGAUUCCUUCUGCCUCACCGUUGACGAUCACGUCGAUUUCACCUCGAUGUUUCUCCCACCCAACAUGAGCGGCACGAUGGCCUCCUCGAAACUCACACAUCACCUUGGCGAUACCGACAGUCACGGGGAUUCGUGGAUGUCCACAGCGGAAAGAACUACAAACGACGCAAAAUAUCUCGACGAGGCCCUCCGUGACGCCGAGAGAUCCGAAGCAAACACAUCACCCACACCUUCUUUCUGCAGUACGACUUGUUACGGGAGGUUGCUGGAGCUGAACGUCCGGAUCCUCAGUUGCAUGACGAGCUCCGGGUCCCCCGAGGGGGUGAAUCAUCAGAUCCAGAGAGACGUCGUCGGCUUUUCCGGCGAGCUGAUCGAGGCGGCGCGGGAGAGCUUGCCGCAUCUCGUGGGCGCCUCGUUUCCCUCAAGCAUAUCCACCACAAGAGCGCAGACUGACGGCCGCGCAAGCAGCUGCGACGACGCCGAGGGCAGUACAGACUCGGACGCUGGGUUCGAAUAUUCCGGAAUGGACAAGCGAGGUCAUCUUGCGACUCAUUCGUGGGGUCAGCCAGUCCCCAAUUCGGCCGUCAUUUUCCUCCUCGUCGGCUGUUACACCCAGAUCCUGCACCUCCUCGAGUUGACGAUAAACCACCUGUCGGACCGGUUUCAUGACACUUAUCAGCACGACGCCGGCCAUGGGAACACGCCUUCCGCCAGCUCCGUGAUGGAGGCGUCGCUGACCGUCCACACGGUCACCUAUCUUCUCGGCCGCUUACACAAAGGUUUCGUUCCACCGAGACCCAGAGGAAGUGCCCAAACUUCUAUACAGGAGUCUUUUUCUGAGCAUCAGAGCUGGGAGAGAAUCUUCAUGGGACACAACGAGUCGGAAGAUGGUCUCUUGGGGCGGGCAUUCGACGAGAUGAAGAAGCGGGAGCAGUUGCUGGUGACCAAGAUGGAUCAUCUCCGACAGAUGAUAGGUGAAUUUGAUAGCUGA